AUGGAGGACCCCGAAAGAAACACUGUUCCUGUGCAUGAUGAACCCCCUCCGCUCCCAUAUUCGUUACACACAAGGAAAAAGUCGAUCGCCUUUUUUUGGACUAUAUUUGUGCUUGAUACGUUAGGCCAGCCGGUCGGGUUAUACUGGGGGCUAUGGUACGGAACCAAUCUGUCGCAUAAUUUGGUAUUUUCUAUUGUCACUGCUUGUCUGGGAGGUAUUUCUGUUUUUGAAUACUUCUAUCGUCUACACAACCUCAUCCGUAAGAACUCGCGCGCCCGGCCGCUGAAUGCUCGAAAAUCAUGGCUGGACUUUUUCCAUAUCAACUUCACUAUCGUCUGGCUCAUUCUGGCUGUUGAGUUGAUUGUUGGAACCGUACCUCAAGAGCCAUACGUGCGCCUCGUCGCUAUGGUCCUCCCAACCGUUAUGUUCUAUUUCGGAAUCGUCCACCUCGUCCUCGACAUCCUACGCAUGUCCGGCUUCAAAGCCCCCUUCCGCAUCUCCUCCACCCCCAAAGGCUCCGUAAUGCCAACAGCACUAUACGCCCUCAUCGAAGAUGUCGUCGCUGUCGACGGCGGGGGUGGCCAAAUUUACCGCUACGCCCUCCGAACCCGAUAUUUAUCCAGCCCAUACUUCCGCCGCAUGCUAUUCGAAAUGAACUGUUUCUGGAGCGGGGGGUCAAUACUCUGCGCAGCAGCCAUCACCGCAAUUAUCUUCACAGUCUCAGAGCCCGUUGCAUUCACGCUCGGCUGGUCCCUUCCGUUCGCUUGGGCUCUGGUCUGGACUGCUAUUACCAUCCCCUGGGUACAGAGUGAUCUGCGCCGCGAAAAGAAGGCCUGGGCGGAGAAUAGGGGACAAGGUGGUAUUCCCUGGGUGGACGAUAUUGACGCGCCAACUGCGCGCACGCGUUUCGCUUCUGUCCAGGAUCGGAUUAUACCGUGGAACCGAGAGAAGCAGAGCGUGCCGUCGACUCCUUCUGUUGAUGGCGCGCAUGAUGGGACUCAGAAGCCCGAGGCUGAAAAGGUCGUUGCGGGGGCUCCUAGUGUUCCUGCUAAUGCCCAUAGGCCUGAGUAUAUUCUUCUCGGUGAAAGUACGGCAGAAACGACGAAUAGCGCUGCUCCUGACGAGAAAGCUGAGCUUCCUGCUGCCGAAACGACUGGCGAGGCGCCUACUUCAAGUACUGCUACCACUGGCGACCAGAUGAACAGCCAUUUGAAAAUUUAA